AUGAAAGUAGGACAAGCAAAAGUACCACAAAGUAUUCAAGAAUGCUGUGGAAAUUGUUCCACAAAUAUUGAGGAAUAUUAUAAACCAGCAAGUGAUAUAAUAUAUUAUAUUUUUGGAAAAGUAAAUAUUAAAGGUAAAAAAUGGAUACCAUAUUCUCAAUUUACAAAUAUUAAAGAAAUAGCAAAAGGAGGAUAUGAUUUUAAAAAAUAUAAUGCUUGUGGUAUCAUUGAUACUUAUGGCUUUACAAAAGAACCUAUAUCAGAAGAUUAUAUAUUAGUUAUGAAAUAUGCGGCAGGAGGAGAUUUACAUAAAUAUUUACAGGAGAAUUUUAUAAAUAUUACAUGGAAUAAGAAACUGAAGCAACCUCUUAAAGAGAAGAAAUGA